UAAAUUAAGUACACAUUCUGUUCUACACUGUGAAACUGAGGUAAUAAUAUGCUUCGAAUAUGUUUUUAAAAGUGAUUUAUAAUCAGAUGGGCUAUAGAAAAACAUUUUCCUUGUUACUUUUAUUCUUCAUGUUGGAAUUAGUAAAGCCAGGAUUCUCAAAUACAGUAACCCACAACUUAACUCAGGGGACAACAAAUGCUAACAACCGCACCCCAUCGUUCAUCACAAAAUCAACAUCAAAUGUCGUCGAGUCAUUGCCGGAAACGAUCUUCAUCAGCUUUCGUCCAAUUUCUGGGAAUAACAUCUCAAACAGUGUCUACAAUUGCAGCGAAGAAGCCGGCCCUUCGGAGAUGACUGGCGCUGCAAAAGUCAUUGUGGUAUUCAUCCUAGUAAUCGUCGUAUUCGUGACAAUAUUCGGCAACGCAUUGGUGAUUUCAGCUGUCUUGGUGUUUCAUGAACUUCAGACUAUAACAAAUAUGUUCGUUGGAAGUUUAGCAUGUGCUGAUCUUAUUAUGGGUGCAGUGGUUCUUCCGUUAGGAAUUCCAUAUGUAAUCAACGGAAAAUGGGGUCUUGGAAUACUAUUCUGUAGAAUAUGGGUAUCAAUUGAUGUAUUAACCGUAACAGCAAGCAUAGAAACGCUUUGUGUUAUAGCUCUGGAUAGAUAUUUUGCUAUAACAAAGCCGUUUACUUACACAACAUACGUAACCCGAACUAGAGCCAGAUUUAUCAUUGCGAUAAUAUGGAUAACUUCGGCAAGUAUUGCGUUUAUUCCUAUCCAACUUGGCUGGUGGAAGAAAGAUUCAAAGAAGGCGAAUUGCUGCUACAACAACGCUGAAUGUUGUGACUUUAUAACAAAUGAAACGUAUGCUCUAGUGUCAUCAGCUAUCUCGUUCUACAUUCCUCUCAUUAUAAUGGUCUUUAGCUACUCCAUUGUGUUCAAAGAGGCAAUUCGACAUGCGUCUCAAAUCGAUGACCAAACCGGUAUAUUCCGUCGAGCCUCCAUGCCAGGUACGAAUCGUCCACUGUGGAACAAACAACAAAGAAGAACCGUCUUUACAAUGGGAUACAUCAUGGGAAUAUUCGUUGUUUGCUGGCUUCCGUUUUUUAUCAUGAAUUUGACUCAGGCAUUUUGUCCUGACAACUGUAUUCCAGUCGGGUGGUUUACAACAUUCAAUUGGUUGGGAUACGCAAAUAGCUUUUUCAAUCCAUUUAUAUACUGUCAUAACAACCAAUUCAGACAAGCAUUUGGAAGACUCUUAACUUGUUUGCCAUGUUCGGAAGGUUUUGAAAGAACAAAAAGGGCAUCUCUCUCGGACUCAUUUCCUCGAUAUAAAGAUACCACACGUGAAAGUACUUUGUACAUGUUGACAACAUUUUUUCUAAGUGGAGGGUCAUCCCGAAAAAAGAGUCGAAAAAGUACAACUAGUACGUCCGGUAUACUUAAAAGGGAUUCUAGCAUUUACAGUCGGUCCCCUACAAGAUCACCGAUUCGCCACCCACGAUUUCGACUUGGUUCAGAAGAGAUUGACGUCCAUGGCUUUGAAUCAGCGAAUAAUAACAAUGAAGGCGAUGCAGAGAGUGAAUAUAAAUUAUAUUUAAACACAGACGAGGCUUUACAUGAUAGUCAUGACAGCCCAACAUCACCUCACAGUAGUAGAAAUUCGUUUCAAAAUCACACGGACGGUAAAUCCGGGAAUGGUGAAAUAUCAAUUGUGCCAUGCCACACGUAUGAAAAAGACUGCUUGUCUGAUAUAUCUGAAAGUGAAGCGGGAGAAAGUGAAUCUGCUUUGUUGUAUCCUUCGCGCAGAUAUAGUGAUUUUGGACAAAGUAACUCUUUGCAAUAUUGGGGAAACGACGAUACAAAUCACCAACCGUCUAAAAAUGGGGUGGGGAGGUUAGGAAAACGGACAAGAAGGUCAAAGAGUCUUUUUCCCGCGCCUCCCCAUGAAAAUAUAGAUAACAAACCCCCAAAAACGAAAGACAAUGUAGUACACGACCCAUUACCUCAAAUUGUCAUAUCGCCAGAUUCUGAUAAAGACUAUACAGAGAACGGCGUCAUAAAUUCGAAUAUUCCUCAACAUUCGACGAAAGAAUCAGUAACUUUAACUGAACAAUCCGAAUCCGAUACAGACAAAGCAUUAUUAUAAUCCGUUACUAUUCCAUUUGCACCAACAUUUUUUUAUUAUUUAUUGCAAAAACGACAUUUUUAUUUAAAGUAUUUGUAUUUUUCAUUAUAAACAAAUCUGGACAAAUAUUUUAUUUAGAGGAGUCCAGAGAAAACUCACAAUCACCAACGCAAAAGUUGGAAGUACCAUCGGGUUGUAGAGUAGACUGGGAUAGUGCAGACAUUCCAAAAAUCGGCAUGUUAUUUUGUAAAAAAAAUUAUUUUAACUUCGUAUAUCUACAAUAAUAGUGUAUUAAAAUGUCAGCCAACUGUAAAAAAAAUCAGCAACUUACUUGUAAGUUAAAGUAAAUACACCCAAGAGUAUCAAGCUCUACAUGCGAAGUCCAAUCACUGAAUAUUUAUGUUCAACCUUCUUGACAAAUUAUUACUAUUACCGUAUCAUUAAAACAACCAAGUAAUCCUUGUCGAAUUACUGAAAUUUUGAAAAUUACGUUUUGUAGUCACAAUAUUUACCGAAAGAAUGUAAAUAAAUUUUACAACUAAUCGGAAAGCGGUAUAGAUAGCAAAAAAUCGAUUUCGUAUUGUCAUCAGACAUAACGGAAAUCUUAAUAUACGUCAAAUUCAUUCUUAUUUACAGUUGUUAAAUUAUUUACACUGCUUAUUUUUGGGUGAAAACACGUAUUUGUGGUACCGGGAACAAAUUUAUCGAUCUGGGAUACUCAGAAACGCCCGAUUUAACAAUAUUCUAAUAGCUUAACCAAAUAUACAUAAUCGUUAAAAUAUUUGACUACAAAAAUCAAUGAAAUAGCCGAUAUGGGUGUGCUUUUCUUCUCAAAUUUUAAUGAGGUGUUUCACAUGUCCGAAUAAGCAUUUACACAAGCAGCAUUUUUACACGUAGGGGUUACUGGUUUUGAUCGGCAUCUUUUAAAAAUAGUCUAUUCUAGGAAACUAUAAGAAAAUACACGAGCCUAUUUAAACCUCUCUUGAAAUACUAAUCUUGAUGGCUUCUGUAUGGACAUGUUUGAAUAGCUGAAUAAUCGCGACUGUUAUGCACAUUUUUUUCAAACGCUGUCUUUGGAUAACCUAAAUAGAAUUGUAUGGCCACGUUUCAUGGCCCAAAUAUCUAUGGAAACGCUUUGAUGAACUUCGUUCAUUUUUUCUCACUUUAUAGAAGUUCAAUGCUUAAAUAUUACAAACAUUAAAAUUUAUAAACAGUAAUGAUAUUUAUAUGAGACAAUUUUGUAAAUUCCGAAGUCGUCAGCAUAGUACACCAUCAUACCUUCAAAUGCCAUGAUGAAAUUUUUACAUGAAGUUUUAGAAUACUUUUCGUUUUUAAUACAAAUUAAAUUUAACUGAUUAUUCCUGUUUUUCCCAUGAAGUGAAAACAAUAUAAAAAAACGUAUAAUUGACAUUAGUCCGAUUUUUUUCUGUAACUCAUGUCGCACACCUCAAACAUAUUGCUUAUUUUUUAUUAUUUCUUUUUUUUUACUGAUUAGUAUUUUUUCAUAUAGCAUGUCAGCUUAAAUUUUGAUUUUUCGUGUGUUUAAGUUAUGUUAACAAAUAUAAUACAUUCAUAUAAAUACGGUAUAACCGGAAAUUUACUAAAUUCAAGGCAAGGUACAACUUUGCGUUAUAUAACACGAAUUAACCCAAACAAAAGUCUUUUUGUAAAAUUUCAACUUUCGGUUGCUGCCAAAAGUUGCCAGUCAGGCAGAGGAACUAGAAUUAAAGCAUCAUAAAUUACAAAAAAUGAAAUCAGGACAGUUUAAUUUUUGUUAUCCUUUUCAUAUCAUUACAUAUGUUUUGAUAUGCCAAUUAAAAGUUAGAAGCUACCAGAAGUUAGCAUUCUAGCCACCAAGUUACCACCCUAAAAAGUACACAAAACCAU